AUGCCCGCCUACCACUCCGCCUUCAACCACGACACCUCCGCCCGCCAAGUCGGCAACACCGCCGUCCUCCCUAUCACAACAAAGAUCAGAGGGCCAGCUCCCAUAUCUUCUACCCCUGGCGAACCUGAUAUCAUCGAUGAGGCUCUAGACUUGUUCAGAGCCAACUGUCUCUUCCGUAACUUUGAGAUCAAGGGACCUGCGGACCGUCUCUUAAUCUAUCUCAUUCUCUUCAUCUCGGAAUGUCUCACCAAGCUUGCCCCCACCGCUGGCAGACCAUCCCCGUCUUAUCAAGAAGCCACCAAGGUCCUUCAGACCCUUGCUGUCGACAACUUUUCUUUACCAGGAGAAGCCGGAUUCCCUUUGAAUAGCUUGUACCAUGCUCCUGCCUCUAGAGUCGACGCAGACCAUUUCCGAUCAUAUCUCACUCAGACCAGGACCGAGCUUGUUCUCCGCCUUUGUGACAGGCUCUAUCCUCAAGAGCAGGUUCUCGGCCCUGAUGGCGCACCUACAGGCCAAGUGGGUCCCAGGGCUACCAAGCCAAGCAAGUGGUGGAUGUCUUUCCAAAAGAGGCGAUUCAUGGGAAGGUCCCUCGGUGUCUAG